AUGGGGCGGGGAGGAUCUGGUAGCGGAGGGGGAUCGGCGGCGGCGGCGGUGGGGGGGAUGAGCGAGUCCGUGCUCAGGAAGGUGCUGAUGUCCUACGCCUAUGUAGGGAUUUGGAUCUUCCUCUCCUUCACGGUGAUCGUCUACAACAAGUACAUCCUAGAUCGGAAGCUGUAUAACUGGCCCUUCCCAAUUUCGCUCACCAUGAUCCACAUGGCGUUCUGCUCGUCGCUGGCCUUCGUCCUCGUUAAGGGAAUCCGGCUGGUCGAGACUCCGGCGGCCAUGUCUCGGCAGCUGUACAUCUCCUCCGUUGUUCCCAUCGGCGCUCUUUACUCGCUUUCCCUCUGGUUCUCCAACUCCGCCUACAUUUAUCUCUCCGUGUCCUUCAUUCAAAUGCUCAAGGCCCUCAUGCCGGUCGCCGUGUACUCCAUCGGCGUCCUGUUCAAGAAGGAGACGUUCAGGACUCAGUCUUUCAUCAACAUGGUAUCCAUCUCCGUCGGGGUCGCCAUUGCCGCCUAUGGCGAGGCGCACUUUGAUACGUGGGGCGUCAUUCUCCAGCUCGGAGCUGUUGCCUUUGAGGCCACAAGGCUCGUGCUCAUCCAGAUCUUGCUCACAUCCAAGGGCAUCAAUCUCAACCCCAUCACCUCCCUCUACUAUGUUGCCCCCUGCUGCCUCGUUUUCCUCUCCGUUCCCUGGCUCAUUGUAGAGCUCCCCCUCCUCAUGGAUGCCCCCUCGUUCAAGCCAGAUCUAUUCAUCUUUGGCACCAACUCUCUCUGCGCCUUCGCCCUAAACCUCGCCGUGUUCCUUCUGGUGGGGAAGACCUCUGCACUCACAAUGAAUGUUGCCGGUGUAGUCAAGGACUGGCUUCUCAUCGCCUUUUCAUGGUCCGUCAUCCGCGACACCGUCACAGCCAUUAACCUCGCUGGCUACGGCAUCGCUUUCCUCGGCGUUGCUUACUAUAACCACGCUAAGCUGCAAGCGCUCAAGGCCAAGGAGGCGCAGAAGAAGAGCACCCACCCGCUGGAUGAUGAGGAGUCUGGUAGCCGGCUUCUCGAGGAAAAGAGGGAGGGUGGAUCCGGGGAGAUCGGACUGGGAAGGAAGAGCGACACUCAAGACUGA